AAAUAUGAUAAAUGAUGUACCAGUUUAAGAGAGAAAAAAUUUCACACUAUCAAGCAAGCCAAAUAAUACCGAAGAAACAUAUAGCAAAGCUCCAGUUUAUUAAUUUGCUUAGAAUUUACUCUAAAAGAUGGGUUUCUAAGAGGGGUAACCCAUAGGGAAAAAUCCUUAAAAAAAAACAGCAUUAUUAAAGCCAAUAGAGUUUCAAUCAAGAGGGGAUAGAGAAGGUCUAGGAGUGAAUCCAAUGAAAACAUAUAAAUAUAUUGGGGAGAAGGAGAAGUAGGAAAAUUAAAAAUUUAAACAAAUUGUGAUUUUAAAUGGAAAAUAUAAAAAAAUGAGAGGUGUUGUACUUGAAGUAAUAAAAACUCAAGGAUAGAGUGAUAGUUUUUUAGUUGAACUCAAAAGUAAUGGAGAAAAAAUAAAAAUUUAAAAUGAUUAGUUUAUCGAUGAAAAGUAAUACAAAGAAGAUAAAAGUAGAAGUAGAUCAAAAAGUAAAUGUGAAAAAUAGUUAAAAUGGAUAACAUCAGGGAUUGUGGUAAAGGUAAAGAAUAAGCAUUAUAUGGGUGGAAAAUUUUAUAAUAAGAAUAUUUCGAUAUCUGAUGUUUAAGAUGAGUAUUCAUUUACUGCUUUGGGAAGUAAUGGAGAAUUAAUAGAGGAUUUAAAAGAAAAGGAUGUAAAAGUUACACUGCCAAAAAAAGGAGGAAGAGUUUGUAUAAUAAAGGGAGAAUAUAAAGGAGAAAUAGGAUAAUUUAUAGAAAAGAAAGAAAAGAAAAGAGUGUAGGUUAAGUUGGAGAAUGGUAAAGUAUUUGAAUUUGAAAAGAAAUGUGUUUGUAGAUUAAUUUGAUUAAUUUAAUGAAUUCUAGAUUUUAAUUAUAUAAUAAUUCCAGAUUGCCAC